CCAUCCUACGUUAUCAGACAGUACGAGAAGCUCACCAAGACCAGGGGCGUCUCUAUGCGCGAACCUAUCAGCAGAUACUUGUCGACAAGGUCUACCCGGCUUCCUAGUGCUGGCAAGCUAUCAGCUACCCCUGCUGCCUCACCUGUUGUCAGGUCUUACUCGACUAGAGAACAUCCUCCGCGCAGAAAUUCUGGAGGCAUAUUCUCCAUCUUCCGACCAGGACCGCGCUCGCCACCUAUCAAAGAAGUACAAAGGGUCGACUGCCUUGUUUGUAUGAAUGAUGACCUUCCUAUUGCCAGGACAGCGAGGCUUGCUUGUGGUCAUCGCAUGUGCCAUGCAUGUCUCAAGCGCCAAUUCACGCUGUCCGUUAAAGACCCUCAGCAUAUGCCUCCACGAUGCUGUACAAAAGAGCAUAUUCCAUUGAAACACGUUGACCGACUUUUUGAUGAUAAAUUUAAGCGGCUUUGGAACCAGAAGUUCGAGGAAUACACAGCUACGAAGAAUCUCUACUGCCCUGCGAAAGGCUGCGGUGAGUGGAUCAAGCCAAGCAAGAUCAAGGUCGAUAUGGCCACUGGAAGAAAAUAUGCUCGUUGUGGUCGAUGCAACACCAAAGUAUGUGUUCGUUGUAGUAGCAAGUACCACACCAGACGGGAUUGCCCAAAGGACGACGAGACCGCUCGUCUGGUGCAGAUGGCCAAAGAAAAGGGCUGGCAGAGGUGCUAUAACUGCAAGGCUGUGGUUGAGCUGAAAGAGGGGUGUAACCACAUGACUUGCCGUUGCAGCGCUCAAUUCUGCAUGGUUUGCGCAUUGCCUUGGAAGACGUGCAACUGUCCCUGGUUUGACUACUCGCAUGUUCCAGACCAGGGCCGCCUUAACGAUAUGCGUCUACCGUAUAGUAGGCAUGACAACGGCGUAGAGGUCAUUGAGAUCACCGAGGAGCCUUCUGCACCUCUCACCCGCCGGUCUAGCACAAGAACCAGCAACCGGACUCGACACUGUAGCGAACGCGAGCGCCCUCGAGACGGAGCCUUAGCCGCUCACCUACAGUCUCAACGCCACCUACACCCUCCCAAUAUCGCAGCGUCGAGCCUUAAUCGCGGCGAUACCGCAAACGUUGAGGCUUAUGGCUUUGGCAAUACUGGCGGACAUCACAUGAAUGACUCUUACCAGGUUCGCCCACCUCUAAUAACCUCUGCUGCCCACCGACCAGUACAGCCUCCUCCUCGCUCAUCCUACUUCACAAGCCGCCGUGUGGUACGCGAAGCUUCAGCUCCAGCUCCAAUCCCAGUCGCUCGACACGUACUAGCACCAGUAGAAGCGCCUUCGUCCACUAUGGCAGGUCUGUCACUUGAUGGAACGAAGCGUGGUGCCAACAGAGUGGGAACCUGGCUUAGCCACGUCAAGAUCGACCCGGAGGCGACCAACACUCAAGCAGAGGGCGUAGAAGUCGACGAUUGGCGAUGUGAUGGAACCAUGAUUGGCAUCGAUUGAAUAUAUAUACGUUCGCCAAUACUCCUGACUUGUAUAUCUUGAUCGCUUUGCAUGUUAGCGAAGGAGUACUUGGACAUUGCUGGCGUUUUUUGGAUGGAGUCGGCUGUAUUUACGGGACUUGGCGUGUGCAUGCGAUACCCUUCAUCUCAAUAUGUUUUGUUCUACCUUUCAAUUUUGAGAAGCAUACGAGUAC